UAGAUGACACACCAGAGUCCUGUUGCUUCUGGAAAUGAACCACCUUUAGAAGAGAGUGACCAGGAUGACUUGAAGCAGGUGAAGAGACAGUCAGCUCAGCCCACCUUUUCUUUCUGUGCAGUGUCAUCACAAAACUCUGCACUGCUUUUCAUCUUCUGUGACCAUGCUGUUAAGAAAGAUCACUUUUUGUGACAUGGCUGGAACUGCUGCUGUUCCUGGACCUGUGGGUCCUGGGGCAUCCUCACCCUUGUGACAGACCUUUGGAGCCUGAAUGGACCCAGGCUGGUUCUCCAGAUAAAAAUCCACUCAUCUUCUGUUUCUUCUCUACUACUUCCUGUCACACUAGCUGUCAGGAAAGCCAAUGAAGUGAUAAGGUUUUCACUGUGCACUAAGCAGGUAAAGGUGCUGUGAUACAGCUGCCAGGAAACCCUGCCACCAGUUUCUUAGAGGUGAAAGAGGCCCUUUGGUUCUCCUAGAGUAAAGACUUGGAACAGUCAUCUUGGAAAACUUCAGAGAUUUGUGGACUUAGCAAUGACUCUUCUUCAGCCUCUCAGUGCCAUUCUACUUUGUCUAUCACUGAUGAUGGCAACAAGUUCACUUAGCACAGAGAAACCUGAAGAGAAAAUGUAUUCCUGUCCCAUCAUUCAGUGUAGUGCUCCUGCAGUAAAUGGAUUACCAGGCAGAGAUGGAAGAGAUGGUCCCAAAGGUGAAAAGGGAGACCCAGGAGAAGGAUUGAGAGGUCUGCAGGGUUUGCCUGGAAAAGCAGGACCUCCAGGAUUAAAAGGAGAGGUGGGACCACAAGGAGUGAAGGGUCAAAAAGGAGAACGUGGAAUUGAUGUAAGUGAUGACCUGCACCGACAAAUAACUGCUUUGGAAACGAAAAUCCGGGUAUUGGAAGAUGACUUAAACAGGUACAAAAAAGCCAUGACUUUAAAGGACAUUGUGAAUGUUGGUAAAAAAAUGUUUGUCUCAAGUGGAAAGAAAGAUAAUUUUGAAAAGGGAAAAUCCCUGUGUGCAAAAGCUGGAAGUGUGCUUGCCUCUCCUAGGAAUGAGGCUGAAAAUGCUGCUCUAAGCGAUUUAGUUAACCCUUUAGGCUCAGCUUAUCUUGGGAUAUCUGAUGCACAAACUGAGGGCAGAUUCAUGUACCUGAGCGGUGGGCCUUUAACUUACAGCAACUGGAAAUCUGGAGAACCAAAUAAUCUAAGGAAUGAAGACUGUGCAGUGAUAGAUGGCUCUGGAAAAUGGAAUGAUUUAGACUGUUCAAAUUCAAAUAUCUUCAUUAUUUGUGAAUUGUGAGCAGCUGAUAAGUCUAAGAAAAUCAGUCCCACUUUCUUCUCCUGGCUAUGUGAUUGUGUAGAAGAUUGUUACUAUACUGCUCAGUAAAAUAAUCAGAAUCAGUUUAUAUUUACAGUUGUUUUCUCUUUGACAUCCAGUUUUGAAUUUCCUAGUGAAACAAACCUACUUGUUCACUCACUGUGAAUUAAUUUGUUUGCCACAUGAUAUGCUGAGAACCUUAUGUUUAUGGUGUCGGCUUCAGAAAGGUUUAACUCCAUGUUAGCUCCAGUAUGACCCCCUGGACUUGGUGCCCACUAACAUUUGAAAGGUAUUUUCCAUUACAAGUCCUAGCACAAUCCAGCUUCUUAGCUUUAUCUGCAUUUUGUGAAUUGUUGAACUUAAAAUGUGAACCAAAAUAAAUUUUAAAUAUUUAAACCAUGCAUCUAAUUUGAAAAUACGGAUAUGUUUGGUUAAGAGAGUAUUUUGAAUCUGGCUUAUAGAAUAUAAUGAGCUACUUUAAAACCUAUUAUUAUUAUUAAGUGAUUAAGCUAAUAAAUGGUAUUUCUGUUCCAUCAUACUCAUGCAUUCCAAGUCUAACAUGUCAAUCAAACAGGUGUUCAUUAUGUGGAAUUGUGGUUCAGAAACUAUGAGUUCAUCUGAGCCACGUUACUGUCACAUGUGGGAAAAUGGUUUCCCUAGAGUUGGAGAGGAAAAGUGCAUCAUGCUUUUCCUCUGCGUUUCUGUCAGGAGGCUACAUAGCUGCCAGCAGCCUUUUGCUAGAAAUAAGAAUUGGUGAAUCCUGCUAAAAAUAGAGUGUCUGUCUACAGCCAAUGUGAUUUGGAACUCAGACUUCACAGAAGACCUUUCCUGUUUCUCUCUCUCUCCACUUAUAACUCCUCCACCUUCUUCUGCCCUGUGAGUUGUACUGAGACCACGUAGAUGACCAACAACCCAACAGCCUCUCCCUUAAGUGUGUCUGAAAGACUGGUUGUGCUUUUCGCACACCAGCAAGUGCGUAGGAGACAAGCACUCUCCUUUGUUUUGUUUUGUUUUGUGGGUUGUUGGUUUGAUUUAUUGAUUUAUUUUUCAUUCAGUUUUUUUGAGGCAAAGCCAAACGCUGCAAAGUACCUCUAGAUUACUUGGUAGGCCUCACAACUGAAAUGGAAAUUGUUGCUAUAGAGUCUGUUGUUAUGGAGAUACAUUUAACUGCUGUCAUGCUUGCAAGCAGUAAGUAGUAGAGCUUUUUUGUUUGGUCAGAUAGUGAGCUCUCACCUCGCUCAAUACAGAGGCUGGAUGUGGAGCAUGAAGAAACCGUGGCUCUAAUGUAUUCUCCAGAAGUUGCCAAGUGUAAAAUAGUCUUAACUGAGCUUAGUUCACAACAGCUCUGAAGUUAAAAUAAUAUUAUACUUUGUCACAAGAGACAUUUUAGGCAGCAGAAGAGAAAAAUAAUUACAGACUGUUGAAAGACACGAGCUUUCUAGAGCAUGAGAUAUAUGCUAAUCGGCAUCGUAUUUUCCUCGUUAGCAGCAAUGUCAACUGCAUUCCUUUCCUUCACUAAUUGGUGUCCUGCAGCUAUGGAAACAAGAACUUUUAACAUUUUUUCUGGGGGUUUUAAAUCAAUAUUUAUUAAAUGAAAAUGCAAGAUAGAACUCAAUGUUUAAAAGACAGAUUUGGGUUAAUUUAGGGCAGUAAAAGAAAGAAGAUACAUUCUGGAGAGUUGAGUACUGUCUUGACAUGGUCCCGUAUUUAGAGAUCUGUGGUAAUUUAGUCUCCAGUGUAUUUACAUGUAAAAAGUAAGUCAGUCUGUGUCACAGGUUACCUAGAUUUACCUGUGUCCGUGAUGAGGUUAUCUUCAAAAACAUUGUGGUAUGUUUUGUGACCAUUUCAUUUCAAGCUGGGCUAAGAGCGGUGCCUCCAGUAGGUCAGCUGGUAAGUCACUGUGUCUUAGCUGCUGAUUUGAAAAGCAUUUGGAGUAAUAUUUUGCAGGCUCUGUUUUCCUGUUGUCAUUGUGAAAAUUUAAUUUCGCCUCAUAAUGCUCAAAAUAAACUGUUAAAAUCUUA